AUGGAAGACUCCAAACCGACCCAGAAGCCGAAAAAGAACAACCGGGAUCGGAAAUUAAACCCAUUCGCCGGCGAUUUCGUCAGAUCCCCUGCUCCAAUACGCGUUCUCAAGGAUGUAAUCCCUACGAGCCACCGUACGCAGAUCAGCGACGAAUACAUCCUAGGGCGAGAGCUGGGUCGCGGCGAAUUCGGAAUCACUUACCUCUGCACUGAUCGAGAAACCGACGAAGCCCUAGCCUGCAAAUCGAUUUCGAAGCGGAAGCUCCGGACAGCCGUCGACAUCGAGGACGUCCGUCGCGAGCCCGAGAACUUCUUGUUCGCCAACAAAAAGGAGAAUUCCGCCUUAAAGGCCAUUGAUUUCGGCUUGUCUGUGUUCUUCAAACCUGGAGAUAAGUUUACAGAGAUUGUAGGAAGUCCAUAUUAUAUGGCUCCUGAAGUGUUGAAGAGAGAUUAUGGACCAGAGAUUGAUGUGUGGAGCGCCGGAGUUAUCAUCUACAUCUUGCUCUGUGGUGUUCCUCCGUUUUGGGCUGAGACUGAGCAAGGUGUUGCUCUUGCGAUCUUGCGGGGAGUGAUUGAUUUUAAGAGAGACCCUUGGCCUCAGAUAUCAGAGAGCGCCAAGAGCCUUGUGAAGCAGAUGUUGGAUCCUGAUCCGGCUAAGCGGUUAACUGCUCAGCAAGUGCUAGCUCACCCUUGGAUACAGAAUGCAAAGAAAGCUCCAAAUGUUCCUUUAGGGGAUAUUGUCAGAGCGAGGUUGAAGCAGUUCUCUAUGAUGAAUAGAUUCAAAAAGAAAGUUCUUCGUGUAAUCGCGGAGCAUUUGUCUGUUCAAGAGGUUGAAGUGAUCAGGGACAUGUUCUCACUGAUGGAUGAUGACAACGAUGGUAAAAUAACUUACCAGGAACUCAAAGCUGGACUUCAGAAGGUUGGCUCACAGCUUAAUGAACCAGAGAUCAAAAUGUUGAUGGAAGUGGCGGAUGUUGAUGGGAAUGGGUUUCUGGAUUAUGGAGAGUUUGUAGCUGUGAUAAUUCACUUGCAGAAGUUAGAGAAUGAUGAGCUUUUCAAACUAGCUUUUAUGUUCUUCGACAAAGAUGGAAGUACAUACAUCGAACUUGAUGAGCUACGGGAAGCUUUAGCUGACGAAUUAGGCGAACCAGAUGUCAGUGUUCUAAACGACAUCAUGCGUGAAGUUGAUACUGACAAGGAUGGGCGUAUAAACUAUGAUGAGUUUGUAGCAAUGAUGAAAGCAGGAACGGAUUGGAGAAAGGCGUCGAGGCAAUACUCAAGAGAGAGGUUCAAAAGCUUGAGCCUUAACCUGAUGAAAGAUGGGUCAUUACAUCUCCAUGACGCUCUCACUGGACAAUCAGUUCCUGUUUGA